AUGGAUCUCUUCUCAAUCUACGCCCUCUGGCUGACCUGCUUUUCCAUCGCCUUCACUUUUUUGCCAAUAUUCGCCAUUUUGGAUUGGAAGAAACGAGGCACAGCCGAGGGAUUCUCUUCCGUCAAUUUUGUACUGCCAUGCUUAAUGAUGCUCUGUUGGCUUCGACACGGCUUUAUGACUAACGACAAAAUGAACAUCUUCCUCAAUCUCUUCAACCUCUGCUUUUUCACAGUUUACAUUUCAAUGUUUGCCUACUAUCAGCCGAAACGAAAAUACCUCUACGGGCAGCUGCUUGGCCUCGGCAUCAUUUUGUUGUCAAUUUUCACAUAUGUUGAUCAGCAUGACCCGAAACACGCCCCCGAAGUGAUGGGGUCAUUCGCGGCUGCCACACAAAUCUUUGGGUUGGCUGGUGGUUUGUACGAAAUUAAGCGAGCGGUGUCUUUCGGGCAUACUGAAUACUUGCCGGCAACGAUGCAAUUUGCCAUGUUCUUCCUCACAUUGCAGUGGUUGAUUUUUGGAAUCUGGGCUCAGAACCCGUACAUUGCAGUAGCAAAUGCUGCCGGACUGGUAGUGAGUUUGAUGACGAUUUCUCUAUACUUCGUCUACCCACCGCUCACCUGGAGGGUACCAAUCAUCGGCACCGGCCCGCAACAGAAGAAGCUGCAAAAAAAAGAA